AUGAAACCCAUUGCACCAUUUGUUCUGGAACUUACACUGGAGGACCACACAGAUACCAUAACUGCACUUAUGUUCUCUCCAACUGGGAAUGAACUUGCUAGUGGAAGUGAUAAUGGCAGCAUUAUUAUAUAUGAGCCACUUGUCAGAUCAUUGAAAUACUGCACUGUCUUCCAAGGUGGAAUCCUCAGCCUUGCAUGGGAUCUGCAACACCUGGCUUGCCUCUUUGUGGGUUGUAAUGAUGGCACACUGGCCAUCAUUGAUGAUUUCAAGAACCAAGACCCACCUAGUUCUGUUCUCACUGGCAUCAAAUCACCUAUCUUCUCCCUCUCCAUUGACAAGUACAGUGGUGACAUUGUGAUCACAGUUGGAUCUGAAAUUCACAUUGCAAAAGAAAUUUCCCCUAGUACUUGCUGCCUUUCCCUACUUAAUUGCUUUGAUUGCUUACAGGCAGCAAUUGUUAGGGAACUAUGUCACAAUUAA